AUGUUUUACUUGUACAAUAAACUUACUGCCGCAUCGAGAAGAACUCAUGAAGAAAAAAAGGACAACAUCGUAGAUGCCGGCGUAAAUGCAACUGUUCCAGCUGCUGAAAAUGGCACCAAAGGGAGAAGCAACGAAAGGGAUAACAAGGAAGAGGACGAAGAUUUGUUUUGGGCUCUUGAGGAGCAAAAUGAACCAAGUAGGCAGGAAGGUAUAAUGGAAAAGGAAAGGCAGGACAGCGGAGUAGAAAAAGGAAGGCAUGACAACAAAGUGGAAAAUGAAUGCGACAUUUUCUUAGCAAAUGACAAAAUGAGCGAAAGAUGUGUUCCUUCGGAGAUUAGUAAACAGGGGGGGGAUACUUGGUGGGAUGGCAACCCCACUUGGGGAGCGAUGACUCCCCUGGAGGGUGAAAUUGGCACACACUUGGAACAGCCGAAUGAAUAUCUCCCCAAUGGCUCCAAGACUGAUCAGACAAUUGACAAUACCCAACAGGGAAGUCCCCUGUGUCAAGAAUUUGACGAAAACAGUGAUGAAUUUUUCAAAAUAGACCAAGACAAUUUUUCCUCCUUCACGUUUGCAGUUAGCUGUGCUAAUGAAUGGAAGGAGGAAAAGGAACACGUGGAAAACUCAAACGAUGAAGUACAAAUAAAACAUGCCGAGAAUGAACAACACAAGGAAGACCCUUUAGAAAAUGGUUACCCAUUUGAUGUUAGCUCUGAUCAUGUGAAAAUAAGUCCAUCUUUACAUCCCAAGGCUGAACUGGAAAGUGGUAAUUUUGAUCAAACUGUGAUAGAGGGAUAUCUACCCAGGGAGGAAAUGAAGUCUUUUGAGAAAUUUGUGUCCCACGAAAAAUUGACAACAUAUUUUAAUAAAGGGGAUGAAUGCCAAGAGGAAAAUGAGGAAGGCAUAAAAUUUGAGGGUAAGGUUUCCACGCACACCCAGGAGAAGGCAAACAAACAGGAGUACAUUUUUAAAGAAGAAUCUGUGUUGCCUACACUGUUGGAGGGGGAACAGGAAUGCCCAUUAGGGACAAUUGCAGAUAUCGGUGUGUCGUGUGGCAAGGGAUCCAGGGCGGAGAGCCCCAACACGAUCAGUUGCAGCAGAGGGGGUGGUGAAGGUGAAGUUGGUGAAGAGGCACAAGAGGGCGCCCCAAAUGAUCCCCCUAUGUUCGACCCCGUAAUGCCUGAUGAAGAAGAAUCUGAAUUGAGUUUUUUCCAAGGCGUCCACUUCCCCGAAGAGUGGCAAAAUGCUGCCCAUCAAGGUGAACGCAGUCGUGACUGUAGCGAUAUCUACAAUGGAGAGAGCAACUACUGGCCAGUGGACAUAAACAUUUGCCCCAAAAGUAAUGAAGACAAAUUCAAUUUCUGUUCAUAUGAAUUCCCUGUGCUAUCUAAUACGAAUGGCAAAGAAGAGGAAGAUAGGGAAACCUACAUUGAUAAUAAAAAGUUAGAAAUGAUAAGCGGAGAAUUGGAAACACAAAAUAGGGACUGCCCAAUUGAGAAUGCUGCUGUCGUAGGUAGCGAAAGGGAAGAAGUGGUACCAAAGGUGGAUGGUGAAAAUGGUAAAGAAGUUCGAAGCAAUAACCUGUGUGAUGAAAAACAAACUUGUGAAGUACGACAAAGUGGUGUAGCCCAAAAAUGGGAUGAAGAAAAAUUAAUGCAAAUAAAUACCUUCCAAACGGGAAACCUAGAAAUGGAUAAUGCAAAAAAAUCGUUUGAUGCUUUUUUUUGCCGUGACGAUGAACAGUAUGAAGUUGCUUCCAUGUCGGAGAACCAUGGAGGGGACACAUUUUUUUUUGAAAAUAAACAAACGAUGGAAGUGGUGGUGGAUGUGGUAGACGUGGUGGAAGGGGAGAGAGCACGAGUGGCCACCGCAAGGGACAGGAUUUUCUUCGAUAGAGAAGAAACCUACGAGGCAGAAGAAGCCGCGGAGGAAGCCAAGGGAGAAACCCCACAUGGUGUUUAUUCAUUCGAAACAGUAGAUUUAAAAAGUAUAAAUCGGAACGAAACGGUCAAAAACAGUACACACAGAGGGUUGGGGGAGUUAACUGGAAGAAACGAGGUGGGGGGAAUUUUGUAUCAAACGGGAGAACACAUAGAAGGAAUUGCAGUGCAGAGGGAGGAAGAGGACGGUGGCAAAGGGGACAACAUUAACAUGCAAGAAAUGAAUGAGUCCAAGGGAGACACCCAUUUUAGUGGCAAAGAAAUGGAAGACAUAAAGACAGUCGAUUUGCUGGGUCAAACUAAAAAAAGGUGUUACCCACACCAAGGGGAUCAAGAUGCAGGUAAUGAUCACGAAUUAAAUGAGCAUAGCAAAUGUGUAGAACAUGACCCAGAUGAUGAUGCAAAACAUAUGUUAGGUGAGGAUCUCAUAAAGGAUGGUGCAGAAUUGAAUUCCAUUCUUUUUCCAAACAUUUCAAAUGAACAAUUUGUGCAGGAAAAAUAUAAUGGGACGGAAAAUAAAUUAGAGGGUUUAUUAAGUGUGCCCACAAAUAUGAUGCAACAAAAUUUUUUUUUUGAUGAAAAUGAGACAGAGAUGCUCGCCACCCCUAGUAGAGACAUUAACCCCAUUCGUGCCAACGAUAUAGAGGGAAAAAACAAAUCGGAGGAAAAUAGCCAAAGAGAGUACGUUGAAACGGUUAAGGAUGCCCCCAAGUGUGCUCACCUAUGGAAUGAGUUUUACGAAGAGGAAGUAGCACAAAAGGUGAACUGGCAUGCAGAAGUGAUCGAGCAGAAUGGGCCGGAUGCGAAGGCAGAUGUAACAAAUGAGGAAUAUUUCGAAGCAGCCAAUGUGAAUGAUAAAAUGGUGAAGGGAAAAAAAAAAAAAAAAAUUAAAAAAUCUCGCAUACUAAGUGAAAAAUCGUUUGAAUAUCACUCGGGAAGUUUGAAAUAUUUGAAGGCCUUAAAGGAGCUACCACCUCUACACUUUUUAAAGUGCAAAGAUUUGAGGCCAUUUUUGCGCCUUUUUAACAUAGUUCUCAAGGCAGUUCGUAUAUUUCGCUUCAACGAGGAUUACUUGUACGUGUUAGCGGGAGAUGAAACCGGGUGCAUUUACGUCAAGCUGGAGGUGAAGCAUGAGAAGUUCUGCCAGGAGGAAGAAACAUUCAUGCUUGCGAAUUGCUGUGUAUCUGUGCAAGGCGGCCAUGCCUUUUUAGAAAUUAACGAGUACAGUGAUAUUUUCUCAUUGACGUAUAAUCCCAUAGGGACUGUGAACAAGAGCAUAAAUUUUUCUGACUCGAAAUUUGUUACGUUAUCGGCGCACAUAAUUUAA